GUUUUCAGCAUUUGAUUAACCGCAACAAGUAAGCUAACUACUAAGACGCAGUGGAGGUACAGGUCCUCAAGAUCCUCUUUCCCUCUUGUUCCGGUCCCUCCGCCCUUCCUUCCGAGUUCCCCUGGUGUUUUGGCGUGUAAUGUGGAGUAGAGUAAUGGACAUGUACGGUACUUUGCGCCCCUGUGGUGGGCUGCGGUUGGCCGAAGUCGUGAGGUGCUUUGCGAGCAUGUCUUGGGUGCCGGCUGGGUUGGUCGUGUUCCAUGGUGUGGUGGGUGCGUGGCGGCUGUGUUCUUCCCACCACGUGUAUGGGAGUUUGUCAGACCAUGGUAAAGAUUCGCCAGCAGCCUUGACUUGCUACCGUUUUUAUUUCGCUCCAUGGCUGAUCCCGUCGCUGAGAAAUCUGGAUUCCUGCGUAUGUACAUGUCCUCUCACCCGGACACGCUGGUCGCGUAUGCCAAGUUCUAUGGCCAGGUCAAGGAGAAUAUCAAGAGCGCCGAGAUGAGCGCCAUUGACACCAAGAGCAUGACUCUGAUGUGCACACUCGCCAACGGGUCAAAGAAGGAGGUCGUCGUCGUACUGGAUCCACCACUGAAAGGGUACGAAGACGUUAAGCCACGUCUGCUAGAAAUGAAAGCUUUGACGCAGGAAGGGCUGGGAAUGAUCAAAGCACCCCACAUAACCUCCUUCCGCUUUCCGUUAACUGUGAACACCUGGUUCACGCUUUUCAUACUAGGAUGUCUCCUUUACAUUGGCACCUCACCCAGUCAUCCUAAGAGUCCUCUCUACCUCCCCGGUAUUCAUGCCCUCGAAAGUCUUUAUACACUACACCUGUGUAGGAAGCAUCACACCGGUUUGGUUGUCGGUGCUCAAUACGUCUUUUUCACACUGAUAUUAGGGUUCAACGUCUGGGUAGACCUGAGGAAGCGGAUUCAGGCGGCAAGGAUAGAGUCGGUGAUGAAAGUUGAAUAGGUUCAUCUCUUGCUCUUGACCUUGUAACAUUACUCGGGUUCAGCAACUUGAAAAGUCUAUAUUUUAUCACCGAGCUGAAUCACGUUUUGUGAUGAUCGGCAGGGGCCUAGA